UUUCUGGCCUCCCUUGAAACCCUCCUAACUACGAAUUCCCACAUUACCAAUUCUCAAAUAGACGAGUUCUUAGAGUGGUACCUCGCUUCAGGUGCCUCACAUCCCAAAGGAAAUGAAAUGCUCAGCUCAAUUUACCUAGCCCCUCCGCAAUCAUUUUCCAAAUGCUUCAAGUGGACUCGCCAUGCCGCGAGAGGCAAGUCCUCCGCAACAGCGGCUAGUGGUGGACGAAAAACACGAAGAAUCGAGUUAGAAACUUGUCCAUCAGCCAACCUUCCCACAUUUUCAAGGCGGGCUAGCUUACAAGUGUGCAUGGGGACAUCGCUUCAAAUACACCCCGCAGCCGAUCUUCCCUUUACCUCAAAACAAGGUGGGGCCACUACCUCGUCUUCACGCAAACGCAAGCAUCCAGAGAGUCACAACAUGAAGUCAUCUCACAGUGACUCAGUCCCUCACCAUCCCAAACCAUCCGCCUCGGUCGGGGCCUCCCAGCCUAAGGUGGUGAUAGUCAAUCUACAGCCCACGAAUUUCGAUGCACGAGCCGACUUCUGCCUACGAGGCGAAAUUGACCGCGUACUUACUCGAGUUUGUCAGAAUCUUGGUGUGGAGAUACCUACCGCAGCGAAUGAUGGUGGCGUUUUCACUCCCAAGAUUGUCCUGCGAUCCAAGCAUACAACAAAGUCAGAGCGUUUUCCCUGGACCAUUCUCUCCCAUCCUGACAAUGAGAUUUCGCCAUUUGCGUUUGAUGAGGUUACGGAUGGGAAGAGGGAAGAAGGCCGGAUUGCAAACAUCAAAAAGGAGGACGAGGCAUCAACUGAUGAAAAACCAGUGAUAAAAUUCCCACAGUAG